AUGCUUGUCUCAUCCACCGUAUCUCCGCAUACUCUGUUGAACAACCUUGAGAGUCUUCUAGACACCAAUAGCAUUCCGAACCUUCGAAAUUCACCCUGCGCAGAUGAGAAAAAAUUGCAUACCUAUUUCCCAUGGCAAGAUCAAGCAGCAUUUUCCGGCGACAAGCUUCUCGAUAUUCUACUCAACACUCCCAGCGGGGAAAAGGCGCGCGAAUGGAGCAGCUAUUACACCCACGAAUCUCAUCUUCCUGGUCAAGGUCAUCAACAGGCCGUAUGGACAAAGGAGAAAUGGGAUGAGUUCGGACUUCCCGAAAACAAUAUAGUCGCUUUUGAUGUCAUCGUACCUGAGCCUAGAGGCCAACGGCUGGCUCUUUUGGGACACGAUGAUGAGGUUUUGCAUGAGGUCAGUAUGUUUGAGGAUGAAAGUCAGAUAAAAAAUCAGGAGAAAGACAAGAAACCGUUCAUUACGGCAUUUCAUGGUUUCUCGGCCAAGGGAAAUGUUACGGCUCAGUACGUGUUUGUGAACUUCGGUACAGCAGACGACUUUGCAGAUUUGGCAAAGGCAAAUCUUACGGUUGAAGGAAAGAUAGCUAUUAUGAAAUAUGGCAGAAUUAACCGUGGUGAACAAGUCAAAAAUGCCGAGAAUAUGGGAAUGACGGGCGUGAUCCUCUACAACGAUCCUCAGCAGGAUGGAGGCAUUACUGAAGCAAACGGCUACAAACCUUACCCUGAAGGUCCAGCGCGUGCGUUGACAAGCAUUGAACGGGGAAGUGUUGGAAAUAUGGAAUAUGACGCUACGGAAAAGCCGGUGCGGAACGGUCCUAGCAUUACGUCGCUACCUAUCUCGUACAAUGAUGCAAUUCCACUUCUUAAGGCGCUCAAUGGCUGUGGUCCGACCGCAGAUAGUCUGGCUCCACAAUGGCAUGGCGGUGCGCUGGGUUACAAGGGAGUUGAUUACAAUGUCGGGCCAUCUCCUCCAUGGCUUACCCUGAACUUGUACAAUGACCUCGAACACGUUCAGCGAAAGAUAUAUGAUGUAAUUGGCUCCGUGAAAGGAACCUUGAUGGACGAUGAGGUUAUCAUCCUCGGCAAUCAUCGCGAUUCAUGGGUUAGUGGAGCUGGUGAUAGUAACAGCGGCUCAAGUGUUCUCAUGGAGGUGGCCAGAAGCUUUGGUGCCGCUUACAAACAAGGCUGGAGACCUCUUCGAUCAAUUGUAUUUGCCAGCUGGGAAGGCGAAGAGUUCGGCCAGCUGGGUUCAAAAGAAUGGGUCAGAGAGAAUUUAUCGUGGCUGGAUCCUACCUCCGUGGCCUAUAUUAACGUGGUUAUGGGAGCAAGUGGAAGUAAAUUCCAUGCGAAAGCUAGCCCAUUGCUAAAUAAAGCUAUUCUCAAGGCGACCGGCGAAACACUAUCACCAAAUCAAACAGUACCAGGACAAACAAUACUAGAUAUUUGGGGUGGAGACAUUCUUCCUGGUGCACCCAGCGACGCCAUGCGAUUCUUGGAUACAGCCUGUAUUUCUUCUGUGGACUUUGGCUUUUCGCCAGCUCCCGGUGACCCAGUACUGCAUUAUCAUUCAAGAUUCGAUACAGUGGAUUGGAUGGAACGCUUUGGUGACCCGGGCUGGGAAUACCAUACAACAACUGCAAGACUGUGGUUGUUAUUGGCCUCAUCACUAAUUGAGGAUCCCAUAAUAAGUUUCAACGUAACGGAUUAUGCCAUUACUUUAGAUGAGGCCGUGGACUUGGUUCGCAAAGACUCUUCUCAAAUACAGACUGACUUUGAUUGGACUCAAAUUCUCGAUCAGAUCGAACAAUUACGACAGGUAGCAAUGAAAUUCGAUGCAUAUGCAGCCAGCGUCAGUGAUCGGAUAGAUCGAUCGCCAGCACAGCAUUGGACUCAAUACCAGUACCACAGCGAACCCAGCUUGGCAACAAUUCGUUCCAUUAACAAGAUAUACAUUACCUUCGAGCGGAUGUUCAAGUACGAACCUGGACAUGGCAACAACUUGUGGAUGAAACACGUUGUAUUCGGGCCUUCCGCAUGGUAUAAUAGGGGUGCCGUGUUUCCAGGUCUCAGACAGUCUCUACAGUCUAGAGACGUUAAUGCUACAGAGGUAAGCUAA